AUGAUUGAUAGUAAAAGUACGUAUUGCAAAGAUACGGAUCAGAAUGAACCAGACAGACGUUUGCGAGAUCGAGAUAUAGGUGAAAAAGAUAGAGAAGCUAUGAUGAUGAGGAUAGAUGCAGCGAGACAAGGGCUGACGCGCGACUUUAAGAAAAGGGAGUCAUGAAAGAAAUAAACAUGCGCCUCGCGACGCCUGUGUCACGACACCUGGCGUACAUCCAUGGCCAAGGUCCUCCCCGGUCACGGGCAACCCGUUAUACAUUUCCAGUUCCUCUCUUUUUUCUUCUUUACCUGGAAGAGAUAUUACCUAUCCUUUUCUCACGAUAGAAAAGAGUUUGAGAGUUGAUGUUGGGCUGUCCGGGGGUGGCAAGUUCAAGGUAGCCAUGUCCGGGUCACGUCCGGGCAUGCUAACCCAAAUACGAUUACGGUCCAAGUACAGUGGAGAGUCGAGACAACAAAGUUGA